AUGUCGUGGUUGUUUGGAGGAAAAUCUAAGGACCAGACGCAAAACAACGUCGAUCAAAGCUUAGGGUUUGACCCUGCGCUGGUGUCCGACGUCUCCACCAUCAUACUGGCACCAGGCGUAUUAGACUCCAGCAAGUUGCACCCUUUGGCCGGUUUGGACAAGGGUAUCGAAUACUUGGAUUUGGAGGACGACCAGUUGACUGAUUUGGAAAAUGGCUCCAGUAUAAUUGCUGCCAGAAACUGGAGAGACAACUUGUGUUACGGUACUGGUUCCUUGUAUUUGCUCGGUUUGGGUGUUGGUGGCGCCUACGGAAUGCAAGAGGGUUUGAGCAACUUGCCUGCCAACUCCACGGCCAAGUUGAAGCUCAACACCGUAUUGAACAACAUCACCAAAAGAGGACCUUUCAUGGGUAACUCGUGCGGUGUACUUGCUUUGAUUUACAACAUCAUUGACUCCACAAUCGAUAAUUUCAGAGGCAAGCACGAUGACGUGAACUCGCUUGCUGCUGGUGCCUUGACCGGUGCCUUAUUUAGAAGCUCUGCGGGCGUUAAGCCAAUGGCCUACUCGACGGCCAUCAUGACCGCUGGUGCCGGUGCCUGGUGUGGCUUGAAACGUUUCCUUUCUUAA